UGUCUAAAGUGUCAUAUAUAUCAAUCACUGUUUUACACAGGUUAAUGCAUAAUCUGGAUCUCACACUAUGGUCUGGAUGAAAAUGGUAAAGGUUGGUGUCCGUGAGAGCCGCCUUAAAAGAACUGCUCAGUAUGUCAGAGAAUGCCUUAAAAAAUCCAUGCUGCAUUGAGGAUUAUGAAAAAAUAGCCUGUAACAAACUGCCAAAAUAUGCCACAGACUAUUUUAGGUCAGGAGCGUGCGGCGAGUACACACUCAGAUUGAAUAAAAGAGCUUUUGAAAGGCUACGAAUACGACCGCGAAUGCUCAGAGAUGUUUCUUGCAGAUCGACAAAAACUACAAUCCUUGGAUCAGAAGUUGCAAUCCCUAUUGGAGUUUCACCAACUGCCAUGCAAAAAAUGGCACAUCCUCAAGGCGAAUGCGCAAAUGCCAGAGCUGUUGGAAAGACUGGGUCUGUAUUUAUUCUGUCAACGUUAUCAACAACAAGCAUUGAAGAUGUUGAAGAAGGAGCUCCAGACACAAUAAAAUGGUUCCAAUUGUAUAUAUACAAAACUAGAGGAAUAACACAAAGUUUAGUUAGUAGAGCAGAAGAAGCAGGUUUCAAAGCAUUAGUUCUUACAGUGGAUGCUAGUAUUUUUGGAAAAAGGUACGCUGACGUACAUAACAAAUUUUGCCUCCCGUCAAAUUUAAAACUAGCCAAUUUUAACAAUGACUCUUUCUCAAAAAUGGCCGAGUCCGAUUCCGGCUCAAGCCUGACCGACUAUGUCAAUUCCCUUUUCGACGACACACUCUGUUGGAAGGACGUCGAAUGGCUCAGGAGCAUAACAAAACUUCCAAUCGUAUUAAAAGGCAUAUUAACAGCGGAGGAUGCCAAAAUUGCCACCAGUAUAGGAGUCGAUGCAAUUAUGGUAUCAAACCACGGUGCUCGCCAGCUGGACACUUGCCCUGCAGCGAUUGAAGUACUCCCUGAAAUUGUCAAAGCUGUAAAUGGUCAAUGUGAAAUAUACCUUGAUGGGGGAAUCCGGUUUGGAACCGAUGUCUUCAAGGCUCUCGCUCUUGGUGCUAAAAUGGUUUUUAUUGGGAGGCCAGCGGUCUGGGGCCUCGCAUCUGAUGGUGAAAAUGGCGUUAAAGCAGUCCUUGACAUCCUCGGGAAUGAAUUCAGCCAAGCUAUGGCAUUGUCAGGCUGUAAAACCUUGGACGACAUAAAAAAGGAGAUGGUUGUACAUGAAAGCAUAUUUGCUAAUCUGUAACAUUUGUCUUAUGCUCUACAUUUUUAUUUCUUUGUGAUGCAGGGGAAAAAAAUUUUUUUUUCAUUGCGUGUAAUUUUUCCCAAAAGUUAAUCUGAAAACAAAAGUUCACAAAAAUGGGAGAUUAUGAAUCAGAAUCAAAUUCCAAAUAGCUAAUUUAUUGUGAGAUGAGAAGGGAACACAUUGUAUUAAUAUUAAAAUAUUGUUAAACAAUAUGUAACAAAAUCAAUAAAUAAUAUUUACAAAUAUGUACUAUAAAUAAAUUUUAAAAAAUGACAAAUUUA